GCCCGACGAAUCGUAGGUUACCUCCGUCACCCUCGCCUCUCUAGCUGCUACCUCGAUUGGUAAUCUUGGCCUGGUUCAUAAAGGGGAUGCAGUUCAUAGUCCGCCGUCGAGACUGAGACCGGGUCUGGUCCAGGGGUGGGGACCAUGAUGCUUCUCGCUCUCUUCUUACCUGUCCGGGCCACUUGCUACUAGCCGCCCCAAGUACCUUUCUCCCCGUCAGGCCCUCUAGCUCGCGCGCUGCACUCUGCGCUCUCCAUACCUACCCGUACCCGUACCCAUAACCACAACCACAACCACAACCACAACCACCUCAACCACAUCCAUAACCACAACCACAACCAUACUCUAUACACACAUUGCCUGCCUGGGGUUUACCUACCCCGAACCCAAAUACCCAUAUACCUCCCUCUUGCAAGACGACCGCUUACCUGGACCGUCCCUCGAGAAUAGCACUGGGAUGCUGCCGCGUCGAGUUGUCUGGUAUCGCAUCUAGCUAGCACAGUAGACGAUCAGCGUAUAACGUUACGAACUACCGACCGGAACCGACUGGAACCGACCGCCGAGGGCGACGAUCCUAGAUACAUCGUAGAAAUUAAGCACGACGCGGACCGACCGAUAGUUAGACAGAGACAGGGCCGGGCGGAAAGAGGGAAAAGAGAUAUACCUACCUGAUGGAUCACAUCAGGGUCGAUCCGGGCGGCUUCCAGAUGCCGGGAAUGCCGCCCCAGCUGAUGAACCAACCCCCUCAGAUCUUCGGAGCCUAUGGGCACGAUGGGCUCCCCGUGCUACCGCCGGACCUGGCUGCCCAGAUGGCGUUUGACCCGGCCGCGCUGCUCGACGACGUGAACGAGGCGAAGAGGAGGAGGAUCGCGCGGGCUUGCGAUAUGUGUAGGAAGAAGAAGAUAAAGUGCGACGGAAAACUCCCGGCCUGCACCCACUGCAUCAACUACAAGACCGACUGCGUCUUCACACAGGUUGAGAAGAAGAGGAGUCCCCCAAAGGGUGCAAAGUAUAUCGAGGGCUUGGAGAACCGCUUGGGGCGCAUGGAGAGCUUGCUGAGGUUAUCCGGACUGCUCGGUGACGACGACGAGUCGACGGAUCUAGCGACCCUAGAAAAGCGCCUCGCAGAGAAGCGUCAACAAUCGAGACAAACGUCGCAAGCAGCCACCUCGAACCCCACGUCGCCCGCAACAGCGACCUCUGGCCACGAUGGCGCAUCGUCGACCCCCCGCAGCGCACUGACGUCGCCUGAACCGGAGAGGAGUAGCAGGGAGCCCCGGAAGGAUGCCUCGCCGCAACCGGAGAGGCAGAGGGACGAGGAAGAGGUCGAGGCCCUGUCGGAGAUGAUGUGCUCGUUGGUGACGAACCAAUCCGGAGAGACGAGAUACAUAGGAUCAUCGUCGGGGUUCUCUAUAUUCUCACCUAAAGGUAUAGAAUGGGUAAAUGAGAAGACGGGGGACACGUCAUUUCCGCAGAUGAUCUCGGAGGUGUCCAUCGACGAUCAUAAGUGGAAUCACUGGAAGCCCGAGAUCUUCGGCGACCUCUUCCACCGCCCCGUUUACCAGCAGCUGCCGCCUAAGCCAGAAGCCCUGUCUCUGCUGAAGGACUAUUUCGAUAACUUCAACUGCAUGUUCCCGCUGUUCCACCAACCCACUUUCAUGCACCUCGUGGAGAGGCAAUACUCCAACGACCCUUACCAAGGCUCCGGCUGGUGGGCCAGCUUGAACGUCGCCUUGGCCAUCGCGCAUCGCCUUCGGGUCAUGAGCAAUCUCGUGCCGCAAGAGGAGGACGAGAAGUCGUGGGCGUUUAUGAAGAACGCGAUGGGUGUCUUCUCGGAGCUAACGAUGCGUAAUACCGACCUGCUUAGCGUGCAAGCCUUGCUCGGGAUGGCUUCCUUCAUGCAGGGGACGCCCAAUCCCCAGCCCUCGUUCCUGCUCAUCGCCGCGGCUAUCCGAUUAUCGCACAGCAUCGGCCUGCACAAGCGUGGGAGCGGAUUCAACCUGAACCCGGUCGAGAUCGAGCAGAGGAAACGAGUCUUCUGGAUCGCGUACAUGAUGGACAAGGAUUUAUGCCUGCGGUCCGGACGACCCCCGGCGCAGGACGACGACGACAUGAACGUCGAGCUUCCGGACGCCGACCCGGCCGACAACAUCGGCAACAUCCCCCUCGCGGAUGGGAAAGGGAAGAUGAAUCUGUUCCGAGCGAUGUGCGAACUCACGGUGAUCGAGAGCCAGGUUUACAAGAAGCUGUAUUCGACGAAGGCGACAAAGCUGUCGGACGGCGAGCUGCUGCACACUAUCGGCGAACUUGAUAAGCAGCUCGAGGCGUGGAAGGAUAACAUCCCGAUCGACUUCCGCCCGGAGCACGAGAUAAAAGCCUCCCACACGCCCCUGAUACUCCACGUCGUCAUGCUGCAUUUCUCCUAUUACAACGCCCUCACCACCAUCCACCGCAUGUCCAUCCACCACGGCUACUGGACAAGCCGCCUCUCUAACUUCGCCAUCCAGGGCCUCAACGCGAGGCCGCUCAACCCUCGGGUGUUCUCGUCGGCGGCCCUGUGCGCCUCAGCAGCGAGAGCGAGUAUACAGCUGCUCAAGUACGUCCCGCAGGGCGACUUCUCCUGUGUAUGGCUCAUCCUCUACUUCCCCGUGUCGGCGCUAGUCACGCUGUUCGGCAACAUCCUGCAGAACCCUCUGGAUAUGCGCGCGAAGUCGGACACGAAGCUGAUGAACCUCGUGGUCACAUUUCUGUCGACGCUGGGACAGGAGGCCGAGACGGGUGGGGUGCACCGCAUGCUGGGCAUCUGCUCGGAAUUCGAGCGCAUCGCCAAGAUCGUCAUCGACAAGGCCGAGCGCGACACCUCGCGGCGCAAGCGCAAGAGUCACGAGCCGCAGCAGCAACCGCACCGGGCAGGAAGCAUCUCGGGCGUCGCGUCGUCGCCGUCGUACCAGGCGAAUCUAACGCCGCGGCCGUCGUCGGCCGCCGUGACGCCAACUCCCGGGUACGCAAGCAACGCGCCGACACCGCCCGUCUCCCAGCUGUCACCUAAGUUCAACGGCGAGCAGAACCGGCGGGAAAACGCAGCGAACGGUGGCUUCAGCCCGAUGAACACGGCGAGCACGACGAACGGGUCCGCGCCGCGCGACGGGGCCGGGGCGUGGCCGUCGGCCUCGUCCGGCAGCAACCAGCCGGAAUGGGAUCCCAACGCGAUGGACUUUGGCAACUUCUCGGAACUCACGGGCUUCGGGCAGCCGAUGGCGCCGCUCGGCGGCAUGAACGGGAUCGUGGGAGGCGCGAACGGCAACGGCGGUGGCGGCGUGGGAGGUGCCCCCGAUUACCAGCCGCUGCUCCCGCAGGAGCUCUGGCAGGUCCCCGGCGGCCUCGACUGGGACUGGGCCGAGUUCACGGGGGGCGCAUAUCCAAGCUUCGAGAACGGGUGCACGAUGCAGGACGCGGGGAAUUAAGCUGCUAGCACGUUACGCGUUAAGAAAGAGGAAGGACACUAGCUGCUGCUACUACGCAUUCUAAGGCCGGGUUUCUCGCGGAUCUAGAUGUUUUUUUUUU